AGCAGUACUAGGGGACAGCGGAGACCGCGGCAGCAGACUGAGUCGUGCCGUUGCCGGUUGCCGGCCCAAGAUGGAGUUCCUCCUGGGGAACCCGUUCAGUACCCCGGUGGGGCAGUGCCUCGAAAAGGCAACAGAUGGCUCCCUGCAAAGCGAGGACUGGACGUUGAACAUGGAGAUCUGCGACAUUAUCAACGAGACAGAGGAAGGGCCAAAGGAUGCCAUUCGAGCCCUGAAGAAGCGUCUUAAUGGGAACCGGAACUACAGAGAAGUAAUGCUGGCAUUAACUGUGCUGGAGACAUGUGUCAAGAACUGUGGCCACCGCUUUCACAUCCUCGUGGCUAACCGUGAUUUCAUUGACAAUGUGCUGGUCAGAAUCAUCUCUGCCAAGAACAGCCCUCCCACCAUUGUACAGGACAAAGUGCUUGCCCUGAUUCAGGCUUGGGCAGAUGCCUUCCGGAGCAGUCCAGACCUCACUGGCGUCGUGCACAUAUACGAGGAGCUGAAGAGAAAAGGGGUCGAGUUUCCCAUGGCAGACUUGGACGCUCUGUCUCCAAUACACACACCACAGCGGAGCGUCCCCGAAGUGGAUCCUGCCGCGACCAUGCCCAGGCCCCAGUCGCAGACGAGUGCCGGCUCCUUUUCCUCGCCUCCUGCUCCCUUCUCGGCUCCACAGGCCCCGCCUCUGAGUGUGACUGGCCCCAUCACAGCCAACUCAGAACAGAUUGCCAGGCUGCGGAGCGAACUAGACAUUGUUCGAGGAAACACAAAAGUCAUGUCUGAGAUGUUAACAGAAAUGGUCCCUGGGCAGGAGGAUUCAUCCGAUCUGGAGUUGCUGCAGGAGCUGAACAGGACCUGCCGGGCCAUGCAGCAGCGCAUCGUGGAGCUCAUCUCUCGCGUGUCCAAUGAGGAGGUCACUGAGGAGCUGCUGCAUGUCAAUGAUGACCUCAACAAUGUCUUCCUCCGAUAUGAGAGGUUUGAACGAUACAGGUCAGGCCUAUCGGUACAAAAGGCCACUAAUGGAGUACUGAAUGAGGUCACCGAAGACAACCUAAUAGACCUGGGGCCGGGCUCUCCAGCCGUGGUGAGCCCCAUGGUGGGGAACACAGCACCACCAUCCUCCCUCUCCUCCCAGCUUGCAGGCUUGGACUUGGGGACAGAGAGUGUCAGUGGCACCCUCAGUUCACUCCAGCAGUGUAACCCCUGUGACGGCUUCGACAUGUUUUCCCAGACAAGAGGGAAUUCCUUGGCUGAACAACGCAAGACGGUGACCUACGAGGACCCACAGGCAGUCGGGGGACUGGCUUCAGCACUGGACAGUCGGAAACAGAGCUCUGAAACGAUCCCCGUUGUGCAGCCCUCUGUCAUGGACGACAUUGAGGUGUGGCUCAGAACUGACCUGAAAGGUGAUGACCCAGAGGAAGGGGUCACUAGUGAAGAGUUUGAUAAAUUCCUUGAAGAAAGAGCCAAAGCUGCUGAAAUGGUCCCUAAUCUCCCCUCACCCCCGGUGGAGGCCCCGGCCCCAGCCCUGGCCCCAGCCUCAGCUCCCUCCGGCCGGAAGAAGCCUGAGCGGCCUGAGGACGCCCUCUUUGCCCUGUGA